UCAACCAAGAAUAAUGUUCUGAAGAUUCCUUAUGCAAGCAGCAGCUAUUCAUAUCAUAGGACCGUAGGUUUAGAAAUGAAAGGGGACCUUGUCCAACACCUUCCUCAUCUUCCAGUUGUAUCUUCAGAAUACUGGACAACUUGAUGCUCCAUGACACAUUGGAGAAGCCGUUGAAAAUUGAGUGGAAAAGAAAUCAAAGAAGCAAAUAGAGUUCACUUGCUGUUCAGGGCCUUGUGCCCCUCCUAUCCUGCCUGCCCAGCAGAGACCAUGUACUGCCUUCAGUGGUUACUGCCUGUCCUGCUCAUCCCAAAGCCCCUCAAUCCAGCUCUCUGGUUCAGUCACUCGAUGUUCAUGGGCUUCUACCUUCUGAGCUUUCUCCUGGAGCGGAAGCCAUGCACAAUCUGUGCCUUGGUCUUCCUGGCAGCCUUGUUCCUUAUCUGUUACAGCUGUUGGGGAAACUGUUUCUUAUAUCACUGCACUGGCUCCCACCUCCCUGAAUCAGCUCAUGAUCCCAGGAUAGUGGGGACUUAAGAUCCUCACAUGCUGCUAAUUGGUUGGCUUUAAAGAUGAGAACCUAAGGGGAAAGGAUGUUCACAAUAUGAUUGAUCGAUCACAGGCUUCCUGCAUGUCUGUGUAGACUAGAUUAGUACAUUCCUGAUUGGACAUCCUUCACCUGGGACAUGUCACUUCCAGUCUUUUUACGAUGUGAACAAAGGCACCACUGGUGCUUUUGGUUUGAAACCCAGCAGUGGUCAGUGGUUGUUGCUGUUUUUCUUCCCUGCCUUCAUUCCUACACCUCAUUGACUGGAUGAUCACCCUUUCAUCUCAGAUCUUGCCAGGGGACCAGACCCAAUAUGGCCAGCCUCACUGCUGCUCCAGGGAUCUCCACUAUGGAGCAGCAGAAUUCAUUAUUUUUACCUAGGUGAACCCUGUCUGGAGUGCAACUAGUUUCCUUCUCUCUAACCUCUCAGCCUUAUAUUGCCCAUAGGGCUAACUGUGUCAUUGUCAACACUCGUCUCAUAAUUGCAGAAACCCCAGCUCUUCACCGAAGCCACUGGCACUUGGGAGCUCCCACUUCCUGCUCAGUAGGCUAGAAUGAAAUGUGUUUUGACAUUUCAGUGCUGUCAACAUUUAACCGUCCUGUUUCUUUUUCUGAAAGAAACGAUGGCUCUCUUGCAAUAGUUCCUGAUUAUCAGAACAAGGGCAUGUCUUCCUUUAUAGUGCCACAUCCUUCCCCAAUUUCUGGAGUUUACAGGGUUCUCAUUUCUUAGGGGCAGUACUGUGAGCCAUUGGGGUUUUUUAUCUUUUGUCCCAGUUCCUUCAAAUCUGCUGAUUCCCACAUGACUGGGUUGGAGAGGAGAUCUUUGCUUUCAGAGUGGUGAUGAGCAAUCAAUGGUGUUAGUUGGGGAUUAUCUUGUUUUUAUUAGCUUGGAGAAGAAUGUAUAUUGCAUAUCUGAAUUGGGAAUUUAUCACUAGCACAGUUGAGACCUGGUACAAUGGUGGAGAUUGUUGAACGAAGCAAGCCCUAGAACACAACAACCUAAAUGGAACAACUCAGGAGAGGUGAUAAGAAGUGGCCAUUUCCGUUCCAUACUGGGAACUUGGGCUUUAUCUUCAGAGAUUCCACAGUACAAAGAAAUAGCCAGGAAGAAGACUUUGUUGUUUUUCUUAGUAUACUUCCAGUUUGAUCCACUCGCUCAUCAUCCCUUGGAUUGACUGAGGAGUGGGAGGUGACCUGGGCAGAGGACUGAACUUGGUGCUUGUCACCUGGGGAAUUAGACCUAACAGCAACAUUUUUGAAAUUUAAGGGCUGCUGGUUAAAAUACUGUUUUAUUUUUGGUUGGCUCAAUUGCACAGCUGUUUAAGAUGUUUAAUAAAAGCUUUAUAAACUUUGGUCUGUGGA